UGGUGAAAGAGGAAAUUCAUAUUCGACCGGUUGAUUUGCUUUGUUUGAAUUUGAGUAAACGCAAGUAUGCCGCCUAUACCAAGUGGAAAAGCUGUGAAAAAAGCUGGAAAGGCUCAAAAAGCCGUACGUAGUGGUGAUAAGCGCAAAAAGAAAAAGAAGAGGAAGGAAAGUUUCAGUAUUUACAUCUAUAAAGUUUUGAAACAAGUGCAUCCCGAUACAGGUAUUUCCAGCAAAGCUAUGUCCAUCAUGAACAGCUUUGUAAAUGAUAUUUUCGAGCGUAUUGCUGCUGAAUCGUCUAGAUUGGCCCAAUACAACAAGCGUUCUACUAUUACUAGCAGAGAAAUCCAAACUGCUGUGCGUUUGCUUUUGCCUGGAGAGCUUGCGAAACACGCCGUUUCCGAGGGCACCAAAGCCGUCACCAAAUACACAAGCUCCAAGUAAUAUCAUAAUUAAACCGGGUCGAAUAUUUGUGCACGUUCAUCGUAACCAACUUCAAGAAUGUUUUUUUUUAAUUCCAAUUUUUUUUUUUUCUCUGACUGGACAUCUUUAAAUUUAAUGUGCCUGGUACAUGAACUUGGACUGAACUGUGCCAAAGAAAGGCUCGUCUGUGAAUACCAGUUGCUGCACUGUGAAAUCUUUAGGCUGUUUUUCUUUGUGAAUAUUCAAUAAAUUUUAAUAUUCUUUUGGCAAACGUAUCGACUACAGUUGUUAAAUUGCAGCGUGGCAGGACUUUGUGCGUCAUAAAAUUUCUCAUAACUUCAUUUUCUUUUAAAUUUUUUUUUUUAAACUUUCAGUUCAAGGAAUAUGUUGCUAUAUUUCCUCAAUUGAACUACACUGUCAUCUAUGAAAAUUCAUUCCAUAUUCACUUUGUUAGGAAAUAAAAGCUAUUGAUGCUAA